AUGCAAACAAUAUUAGUAUUUGGUGGGAAUGGGUUCCUCGGUAAGAGAAUUUGUCAAUCUGCUAUAAAUUCUGGUUUUAAAGUAUUGUCAUUAUCAAGAUCAGGGAGGCCGCCAGCAUCCUUAAAUACUGAAAAACAUAAGAACAGUACAACUUCUCAAUGGGUGAAUGAAGUGAAUUGGAUCAAAGCAGAUAUAUUUGAUCCCAAUUCUUAUAAACAUUUAUUGAAUCAAAACAUUAACCAUGUCGUUCAUUCAAUUGGCGUCCUACUAGAAAAUUCAAAUUAUAAAUCUUUAAUGAAUUCACCUUCAGCUUCUUCCCUUUCUAAAGUUAAUAACGAACAAACGUAUGAGAGGAUCAAUAAACAAAGUGCUCUCUUAUUAGCUUCUACUUUCCAUGAUUCACUGCUUGAAAGGAAAAAAUCAUCAUCUAUGAAUGAGAAUGAUUCCAGCCUUAAUCAAAAUUGUUCAUUUACUUAUAUUUCAGCUGAUAAAGGAUUCCCACUGAUUCCCAAAGGUUACAUAAAUUCCAAAAGGGAAACUGAAUUUGAACUGCUUCAGAAGUAUUUGAAACAGAAAGAUGGUUCUUCCAAUACUUCUUCUUCAUUUAGACCAAUAAUAAUGCGUCCAGGGUUUAUGUUUGACGAAACAUUAAAUACAGGAACAAGAUCCUACCUUAAUAGCGUGUUGUCAGCAUUGGAUAACACAAAUCAAUCACUCUUCCAAAAUAAAUUGCCCUUUAUAAGACCAACAGUUUCUACUCAAGCAGUUAGUAAUUGUUUGAUUUCGGAAAUCAAAGAUAAGAAUUUCACUGGGGUGGUUUCCUUAGAGGAAAUCUUAAAAUUUUAG